AUGGCCACUGCAUAUUCCAUCGUUUCGCUCGUUGCAGGAAAACUCAGCGAUAUUCUCCUUCAAGAAGCUAUCUUCUUGCAUGGAGUGCGCGGCGAAAUUGAAUGGAUGGAACAAGAACUGAAACGGAUGCAAAGCUUCUUAGAAGACGCAGAUGCAAAACAACAAGCAGAUGAGAGAGUAAAGAACUGGGUGUGGGACGUGAGAGACGUCGCUUACGAUGUUGAGGACAUCAUCGACGUCUUCAUCCUCAGAAUAGCCCGCCUGAGGCGACCAGGAUUCAUGGGUUUCUUCAAGAGGUAUGCUUUAAUUUUCAAGGAGUUGGUAGCUUGCCAUAAGGUGGGGUUAGAGAUCAAACAUAUAAAGAUUAAGAUCGGCGCGAUCUCCGAAAGCCGGUUGACUUACGGCAUCGAAAGCAUCAACUGCGGUGGAGGGACAAGCUCCAUGUUCCAAGAAUGGAGGCUCACUUCUCCUGAUGUUCAAGAACCAGAUUUUGUUGGUUUUGAGAAAGAUAUAGAGGCAUUGGUGGAGCGGUUGACAGAAGGCGAGCAGCGGCGUUGUGUUGUUUCUGUAGUUGGAAUGGGCGGUCUGGGUAAGACUACACUCACUAAGACAGUUUAUAACAGUGAUACUGUUAAGAAACAUUUCAAUUCUCAAGCAUGGAUUUUUAUAUCACAGAAGUAUGUUGUGAGAGAUCUUUUGCAGAACAUCAUAAACUGCUACAUGGUGCUUUCAAAAGAGGAGCUCAAGAAAGUGGAGAAAAUGAAUGUUGCUCAGCUGAGGCAUAAAAUUUCUGAGCAUUUGAAAGAGAGAAGAUACCUGAUGGUAGUAGAUGAUAUAUGGAAGAACGAAGCAUGGGAUGCUGUGAAGGAUGCAUUUCCGGAUGUGAAUAAUGGAAGUAGGAUCAUGCUCACCACUCGCAACAAAGAUGUUGUUUUAUAUGCAGAUGCACAAAGCCCGCCUUAUGAAUUACGGUUUCUAAAUGAAGAUGAGAGCUGGGAUUUGUUCUGUAAGAAAACAUUCCCAAAACAAGAUACAAGUUGCCCUUUGGAAUUGCAGAAACUGGGGAGAGAGAUUGUGGGGAAGUGUCAAGGUUUGCCUCUUGCUAUCGUUGUCAUCGGAGGGCUAUUAUCAAGGAAAGAAACAAGAGAGUGGGAGAAAGUACUGAAGAGCAUUAGCUGGCAAUUUGUUGAAGGACAGCCUCAAAUCUAUAGAAUAUUAUCUCUGAGCUAUGAAGAUCUGCCCCAUGAAUUGAAACCUUGUUUUCUCUAUUUGGGUAUUUUUCCAGAAGAUUAUGAGUUCCCAGCUAACAAAUUAAUUCAACUCUGGACGGCAGAAGGGUUGCUACGACAGAGAGGGCACGAAACAUUGGAAGAAGUAGGAGAAGAUUUACUAAUGGAGCUGAUUCAGAGAAGUAUAAUCCAAGUUGCAAAAAGAAAUUCAUGCGGUGGUAUUAAAUGUUGUCGUAUUCAUGAUCUUUUGCGGGAUCUCUCCAUAGUAAAGGCCAUGGAAGAUGAGUUUCUUGAAGUUUAUCAUGGGAACACGAAUACUCCUGCAUAG